UUUGAAGAUGUUAUGCGAUAAUGCACAAUCGACAAGAGCGGGGAUACCAACUUUAAAAAGAAAUAGGCGCCUCCACAGAGGUGAGAGUGACUGUACCGCCGCGACCGCCGCACGCACGCAUUCGCGCGCGAGAAAGUUCGAUUCGAGAUUCGAAAUUUAAAUUUGGCGGCAACGUCAAAAAUUUAAAAAAUAUCCCUUGAAGGACAAUGAACUGUUUUUAGCGUUCCAUUUUUGAAUAAGGGAUUGGAUUAUAUAACUGGCUGGUUGAGGUGUAAAUUGUCGUGGGUUGCACUUGUGUCAAGUGAAGUGACAAGGUGUGCAGUGUGUGAGUGACUUUCGCCGUUGUACAGGAUGACUAGCAAACACAGCUUGAAGCUCUGGUUAUGCGUGGCGUGCCUGGCCACCUCGCUGGCGGCGCCGGCGCUGCAGCAGUACCAGUACCAGCCCCUGGAGAUGGACAUCAUCGACCUGGCCGCUAUCAGCCGCAUGUCCCCGCAGCAGCUCGAGAGCCUGGCUGAAGGUCUGGCGGCACAGGAGAUGAUGAGGACAAAGAGGUCGUCAGCAGCCGCCCUCACCUCCGUGGUGUCGAAGGCGUCUGGAGCCUCGUCGUCAGGGAUCGGCUCGAAGGUCGGUCUGCUCGGGCAGGCCUCCGCCGGAGCCGUGUCCUUCAUAGCCUCGGCCUCCAGCAAGUCUGGACACAAUGAUGAGCAUGGAUAUAAUUAUGAACCUCACGACAGCAAAGUCGACUACUGGGGCUUGAAGAAGUCGAUCCUGUACACGCUGUUCCAAGCCGUGAAGGCCAUCACUGGAGGAGUCACCAUCCUCAAGGGACAGCUGAUCAAGGGCGGCGGCGCGCUGGCUUCCACUCUUGGCAAGGUGAUCUCAGUGAAGGGAGACGCCGUCAGCAAUCUGGGCAAGAAGAUCGUCAGCUCAGCUGCCUUGAGCCAUAAACCCCAUUCCACAGCCGUGUACGGGCCUCCGCCUCCAGCCCACAUAGAGUACGCUCCGAGCGGCUACGGGGCCCCCACGGCACCCGCGCACUACUCGCACAUAGCACCCUCAGCCCCCACCGGGUAUGCGGCCCACAAGUACCCUGCACCUCUUGACGGGCGAAGCAAACUGAACGGAGUGCAUGCGGGGCUGGUGAUACUGACGCCGCUGGCGGAGACCAACGAGGUGCAGCACGUGGCGGCCACCGCGCACCACACGCCGCUGGAACCACCCUCCUCCCUCCUCCACUCCGCCUUCAGCGCCAUCAAGAACGUGUUCUCCUCCGCCGCCCCCUCCUACCCCCCCGCUGAGCUCCACGAGCAGCCCCCUCCACCUCAGCCCGCACCCCCCUUCAGGCCCAUGACGUGGGGCGCCGUCAACUCCUACGGGGAGCCGGCCACGGUCGAUAGCUUCACCGACUACGAUCCCAGAAACCAGCACCAGUCUUUCGACUAUGCGUCUUCUAAGAAGUCGUCUGUCCCUAAAAUUCCUAGUGUGCAGCAGCAUGGUCUUACGCCGGAGAAGUUGCAUAAGAUCUCUGCUAACUUGGAUAAGCUGGCUCACAUGCAGCUGCAGAGGUCAUCCGAGGAGCUCCCUCGGUUCGACGCGGUGAGCGCGUACCGGCAGCUGCUACAGGGUGCUCGGAUGCCGUUCCUACCGACACCCGUUGUUUCUGAUGCGGAGUUGGGCGUGCUCCCGGCCGAGCUCCUCUCCCCCGAACCACCCUCUCCCUCCCCUAUGACCACGACCACGACCACGACCACGACCACGCCCGCGCCUCCGACCACCACGACGCAACCCUCGGAAGAGAAAACGCGCCGAAGAAAAGACGUGAAAUACAUCCUGAGAGGAAACAAGAUAGUUGUAGUUUGAAACUUUGGACUGUCGACUGUGACUUUUGACUGAUUAGAGGUACCUGUUCAAAGUGCGGUGUUGGGCGCCGAAGAACUUCAACACUAUUACAAUUACCAAUACUAGAACAAACAUAAUACAUAGUUACUUUUUAGGUUAUACAUCCAGUAUAAGCUGAGCUACUAGAGGCAAUAGAUAAUAAUUCAUGUCAUUGCGAUCAUGAGUAAAAAGUGCAAUUAAUGUUAUUUUAAUAGAAAAGACAAGUGGCUGACUUUUCAAUAUACAGUCAGAUAAAACUUUCCAGCUGAAUAAUGUAAAUGCUAUCGCGUCUGAAAUACUUAGUUAGACAGUGACAGC